GACGAUAUACCGCUGCGAAAGACUCGUCGGUGGGGCGCGUCGUUCGGGAGACUCCUGGCCACUCGACAAUGUCAAUCCCGUCAUUCCUCGUGCCUAUGCUCUGUCACUUGUACAUUUUCCGAAGAGGUAAAUUCAGAUCGGCGCAAAGUAAUCGCACGAUCAUUCCGACUCCUCGAUUCCCUCUGUCCGCGAGCAACCCGGUUAUCCUUCCCGAGUGCGUGAUAAAGUGCUGAACGUGCGCGUGCAGUGAGCGUUAAUUACGUCGGUGUAUCUCGUUAAUGUUCAGGGACUCGACACUGUAUCUGACUCCACUUCCCACCGGCACGUGUUUCUAUUGCUGCCCCAUCCAGUUGAAUCGGGACGUCCAAUUUCAAUUGUAUACCAGGAAGAAUCCCACGUAUCCCGCUCUACUGAAUCCGGGCGACAUCACGACGUUGUGGAGCAGUAACUUCAACGUUAAACACCCGACCGUCGUGUACAUUCACGGAUACAGCGACAGCGCUGACGGAACCGGCCCGAUCACUGUACGAAACGCCUAUCUUCGUCGCGGGCCCUACAACGUGAUACUGGUGGACUGGGCCCGGCUGGCGGUUUUACCGUGGUAUAUAACGGCGGUAAAGAAUGCCAAAGUCGUUGGAUCUUACUUAGCCUACAUGAUGAGUUGGCUCGACGCACAAGAAGCCGUCCCUUUAUCCAAAAUUCAUGUGAUCGGCUUCAGCUUGGGCGCGGAAGCUGCCGGUUUCAUGGGGAAGGCUCUGGCACCUCGGAAGAUAGGCAGAAUCACCGGACUGGACCCGGCUUAUCCGCUGUACAUGGAUACCGGGGACGAGGGUCACCUGACGUGGGCCGACGCGACCUUCGUCGACGUUAUUCAUACCGACGGCGGCCAUUUCGGAUUUCCCAAUCCCCUCGGCCACGUCGAUUUUUAUCCGAACGGUGGCAGCAGGCGACAACCCGGCUGUGAUUUGAGGAGUAUCGUUCGCAUGGGCUUCAGGCGGCUCAUCAAUCAAUACAUUACCUGCGGCCAUAAUCGAGCCUGGCGUUACUACUCGGAAUCAUUGGAUAACCCGUAUGGAUUUCCCGCGAGUCACUGCCCGAGAUGGCGAGCCGAUAUCUUGGCGAAUUGCGUGUGGAAGCCCGAGGUUUACAUGGGUUUCUUGGCCAACCCCAAGUAUCGAGGGAAGUACUACCUGCGUACGAACGCGCGACCGCCGUUCGCCACGAAUGUAACGAGACACAAGUUCAGGAAAUGAGGAUCGACGCGCGGCAACUUCGAUUUGGAUGAACCAGAUUGAGAAACGAGAAGACGGCCCUCCGCGCGACCAUCGCUUCCGCCGAGAUUCGCUGUCUCGAAUGAGAUUCGGCCGAGGGGAGUGAGUGCCGAAGCGUUCUUGCGGCAUCACGGCACUAAAUACGCUCGCGAAACGGAAUUGGUUUGCGUCUUCGUCGUUUUCAGUACUUCCUGUAAACAGGCCGCGGCUCGAUCGACUUCCCCGCUUUCCUUCGGAGCGUCGCUGAAGUGACAAUGCAAAUAUUUUUGUUCUGAAGUAGCGAAUAAACAACGUACGCGCGAUGGAACGCGGUACGUUCGACGUUGCCAUAGAGCGAACGAAAUGCGACAAGUUCGCGAGAAAAUCUGAGUCGUAAUUCUGAUUCUAUUACAUUAACUCUAUAUUGUCCAACUUGAAGGACCCAACAAACUUGAGGUAUCCUUCUGUUCGUUUUGCUGAGGCAUUCUAGAAGUACUCAUUUGAGAAUUAUUUAAUAUUCGAUUAUCUUGAAUCGAUAAAAUUUUUUUAUCAUUUCAAUGAUUAAAUUUACUUAAAGUCAACAAAAUUUAUCAAAAUCAAUGAGAUAUUUUUCCCUGUUAAAUACUCUCAGCACGUCUUUUUUUAAAUCUCCACAUAAAGAAAAUGACAAUAAGCUAUGCGAUUUGUAGCAUCAGGAGCACGAUAGUCUGUAUAAAGGUAUCUCGAGAUUCUUUAUUGGCCUAAAAGUUCGACGAUAUUUACAGGCUUAAUGUCCAAAAUCUAAAUUUCAAUUUUCCGAGUGAUCCUUUGAAUUUGAUGAUAGUUGCAGUGGUGUGGAAUGGAAAUUUCGAUUCGGAAAACAGCUCGUGCGUCGCGUUUAAAUGUCGCUGACAUAAGCAGCGUGAUCUCGUGACAGAUAGAGAGGCGCGUUGUUCAUCGUUCCAACUCCCGUUUUAAUUAUCAACCAUAUAUGAGUAAUGAUAAUACAACACGACUGUAUUUGCGCGCUCUCAUGGCGGCGAAUGUACACACGGCCGAGGUUGUUUCACGGUGGUGCAACGUGAACCUCGCAUGCGAUAUUUCGAGAACGUUUUUGCAUGAAAAACGAUACGCCUGAUAACGAACUCGCGUUCGCAAGAGCACCGACGAUGAGAGUUUAACGAUGUUGACUUGUACCGUCGAGUGUUGUGCCUUUGUGUAUCUUUUACGAGCACGAGGAGUUACAUAAAAGUCCCAGCACGCAAUGCCGAUCGGUUAAAAAUAAAUCCAUUAAUUGACUCUGCUGCAACUUUAUUUCUAUGAUCGCGAAUGAUAUGCUCUUAUGUGCGUGUAUAUGUGUAUGCGAGCGACGAAGACGAAAAAAAGUAAUAAGAAAUGUAAAGUAGAAUGACGGGGGAAUAAGAAGCCUAAUGAUCGUAGAAACAACCGGCAAUUUUCGUGCUAUUUUCCAUGCGCCCCCCUCUUCGAGAUAUGUAAAUUUCAAGGCCAAGGUACUCUAUUUAUUUCCUAUUUUGGGUAAUCGAUGAGGGAGUCUCAAGAACGAUGCGCCUUUCGGCGAAGGGAAGUGCUUAUGUUAAAAAUUACGAGUGACAGAUUGAGGAAAGGCUAAGAAGAAACUAUGGCGUGCGCCGU